GGAGGGGUCCUGCACGCCACACACAUUCACACGUGUGCUCUCCGCCGUAAUCAUGGCGGACCUGCAGAUGAAGCUUCUCCGCAAAAAGAUUCAGAAGAGAAGCGAUAAGAACAAGGAGCGGAAGCUACUCAACAAGCCCACAGAAGACGAGGAGACGGUAAACGGACUGGAAGAGGAGCCAGCUACUUCCUGUAAGACAGCCAGCGUGCCCAAGAAGAAACAGAAGAAGCAGAACGGGGCGCCAGUAGAAGAGACCCUAACAGAGAAACCAACUCCUCAGAAGAAUAAAAAGAAGAAACGGAAGCUCACCGACACUGCAGGAUCACCAGCUGAAAAGAAGAACAAACCAGUGGAAGAAGAAGAAGAAAAAGAGGAGGAGGAGGAGGAAGAAGAAGAUGUGGAGGAAGCCGGACUAGCAGAUGGCGAUGGAGAAGAGGCUGCUGAUGACCUAGAGGUAGCUACAGAUGAAGAUGACGAUGAUGAGGAGGAGGAUGAGGAGGAGGACGAGGAGGAGGAAGAUGGAUCUAUAAAAGGAGAUAACGAAGAGGAAGAUCAACCUGAAUUACCAUCUGGCCUAACAGGAGCAUUUGAGGACACAUCAUUUGCCUCUCUCGCCGAGUUGGUGAGUGACAGCACUCUGAAAGGCGUGAAGGAGAUGGGCUUUGAACACAUGACUGAGAUCCAGCACAAGAGUAUUCGUCCCCUGCUGGAGGGAAGGGAUGUGCUCGCUGCAGCCAAGACGGGCAGUGGUAAAACCUUGGCCUUCCUCAUCCCGUCUAUAGAGCUCAUCUACAAACUCAAGUUCAUGCCAAGGAAUGGCACCGGUGUGGUGAUCCUCUCGCCCACACGUGAGUUGGCGAUGCAGACCUACGGUGUGAUGAAGGAGCUGAUGACGCACCACGUGCACACCUACGGUCUGAUCAUGGGCGGUAGCAACCGCUCGGCCGAGGCCCAAAGACUGGCCAAUGGUGUCAACAUUCUGGUGGCCACACCUGGUCGUCUGCUGGACCACCUGCAGAAUACCCCCGGGUUCAUGUUCAAGAACCUGCAGUGUCUGAUUAUCGACGAGGCCGACCGCAUCUUGGAGGUGGGCUUCGAGGAGGAACUGAAGCAGAUCAUCAAACUUCUGCCGAAGAAGAGACAGACCAUGCUGUUCUCAGCCACUCAGACACGUAAGGUGGAGGACUUGGCUCGCAUCUCCCUGAAGAAAGAGCCCCUGUACGUCGGGGUGGAUGACAACAAAGACAAUGCGACAGUCGAUGGCCUGGAGCAGGGUUAUGUGGUGUGUCCAUCGGAGAAGAGAUUCCUGCUGCUCUUCACCUUCCUGAAGAAGAACCGCAAGAAGAAGCUGAUGGUCUUCUUCUCCUCUUGUAUGUCUGUGAAAUUCCACUAUGAGCUCCUCAACUACAUUGACCUGCCUGUAAUGGCCAUCCAUGGCAAGCAGAAGCAGACCAAACGGACCACCACCUUCUUCCAGUUCUGCAACGCCGAUUCAGGCAUCCUGCUGUGUACGGACGUGGCAGCUCGAGGACUGGACAUCCCCGAGGUGGACUGGAUCGUCCAGUACGACCCCCCAGACGACCCCAAGGAGUACAUCCACAGGGUGGGCAGGACAGCCCGAGGCAUCAACGGAAUAGGCCACGCCCUCCUCAUCCUCAGACCAGAGGAGCUUGGCUUCCUGCGCUUCCUCAAACAGGCCAAGGUCCCCUUGAGCGAGUUUGAAUUUUCCUGGACCAAAAUCUCUGACAUCCAGUCUCAGCUGGACAAACUGAUUGAGAAGAACUACUACCUCCACAAGUCGGCGCAGGAGGCCUACAAGUCCUACGUGAGGGCGUACGACUCCCACUCGCUCAAACAGAUCUACAGCGUCAACACCCUCAACCUGCCAAUGGUGGCGCUCUCGUUUGGCUUCAAAGUUCCUCCAUACGUCGAUCUGAACGUCCACAGCAGUAGAGGCGUAAAGCUCCAGAAGCGAGGCGGCGGAGGUGGGUUUGGAUACCAGAAGUCCAAGAAUGUGCAUAAAUCCAAGAUCUUCAAGCACGUCAACAAAGGAAAGGGCGACAGGAGGCAGUUCUCCCGUUGAAGUCACUCUCUCUGGAUCAGAGAACUGACCCUUUUCAUCAAACAGACUUCUACUUUGAAGACAGACGUGUAGGACUUGUCUCCAACUUAAUUUCUGACCCCAGUUUUUUCCCCCAAUAAGUUGUGUAAGAGAUGUUUUGUAAAUGUCGACAAACGUGGUUGUGAUCAACAAAAAACUUGUAGAAUUUCAUCAUUGCAUCUGACAAAUGUUAAAUAUCUCUAUUUACUCAGAAUGUAUACUCUGCUUCAUUCAACUUUGUAAAUGCUUAUUACAAUUAAAUCACUUGAUAUAAA